AUGUCUAUCCUGAAGAGGGUGUUGGAGAGGCAAGAGCUAGAAAUCAAGUGCAGACAUGUUGAAGAAGAUUAUGAGGCCGAUGAAGAGGAGGAAGAAAUGGUUGUAGCGACGUGUAUGCUCAAUGAAUCAAGGCAACACCACCGUCGUCAUGGCCUGAAUGUGGACCGACAUAGGCAGUCUCGGGCAAAAACUUACUACUACUUUGCGGAUGCUUGCUUAUGGGGCAUCUGCAAAGCAGUAGAAAAUCUCUACAAGAGGGAGUACCUUCGCAAACCUACAGCUAGGGACCUCCGAAGGCUUGUACAAAAAACUGAGGCUCGAGCUUCAUUCUACACUUGGGUUUUGCAUGCGUUCUUCGGAGUUGCCGGAUCUCAGAAUGACCUCAAUGUGCUUGGUCAAUCCCCGGUGUUCAAUGAUGUAUUGCGAUGUCAUUCCCCACAGAUCACAUACCGAAUCAACAAUACCGUAUAUUCGGGUGCGUACUACCUCGCCGACGGAAUUUGUCCUAGGAAAGACGUGAAAAGGUGUUUCGGUAUCUUGCGAGCUCGUUGGGCAAUUAUUAGAGGUGUUGCUUGGAUGCUUGAUGAGGAGGUGCUGCGGAGCAUUAUGAUGACUUGCAUCAUCCUCCACAACAUGAUUGUGGAGGAUGAGUAUGAUUAUGAUGCUCCAGAAGUGUUUGAACCUGAUCCCAUGAACACAGCAUUAACAAGAAUUUAUAAAAGGCCGAUGGGACCAAAUGGACAACCAAUGGAGCACGAACCGUUAUUCGGGAUGGUCGAUACAACAACCCCAUUAUGGAUCAUUAUCAAGAAAUGCAAUCUUCAUAUGUUCACAAUAGACGUCAAGUUGACUUAA